UACAGAUGGUGUUUAUUAAUUAAUCAUAGAUAUUAGAUAGAAUCGUGUGUGUAUAAUAUAUUUAAAUAAAUCAAAUUAAAAUGCUGUCAAGCUUAGUGAAGGAACAUCAAUCUAAGCAAUCAAUACGUAAAGCAAGUCAAGAGCAAAAGAAAAAAGAAGCAAUCGCAUCGACUAAUGAUUUAACUCAAGCUUUGGUUGAUCAUCUUAAUGUGGGAGUGGCGCAAGCUUAUCUGAAUCAAAAACGUUUAGAUGCCGAGGCAAAACAAUUACAAAUUGGGGCACAAAACUUUGCCAAACAAACACAGCAAUGGUUACAACUUGUUGAAAAUUUUAGUAGUGCUCUUAAAGAGAUAGGGGAUGUUGAAAACUGGGCCAAAAGCAUAGAAUCAGACAUGAAGACAAUAACCCUUUCUCUUGAAUUUGCAUAUAAAACGACUCGAGAAAGUAUAUGAUAUAGAGAUAAGAACUAACA